AUGAACUCAGCCAAAGACACGCCUACCGGCCUUCCCAACUCCUCUCAGAUAGCCAUUUUGAAUAAUACCGAGCACGACCGCGCCAUGACUCAGAUAAACGAGCCAACCACACCCUCAAUGAAGAAGAGCGCGACUUUCGACGCGGCGCCCUUUCCCCAGACUCCCGAGCGUACACCGCAUCAGUUGAUGCCUGAAGGCACUCCGUUGUUGUCACCCACGCACAUGAAUUCCGGAGCCACUCCAUCAAAACGGCGAGGCACCGACUUCUACAGCUUAUUGAAGUCGCCGGAUGUCAAUCGAAACGAUGUCGACUUGAAGCGACGCUCGGUGGAGCUUAACAAAAUAGUCAACAAAUCCCCCGAGAAAUUGAAUAACUAUGUAUUCCACGACAGUCUGCUCAAGUCUCCGAAGCGUCAGCCCGGAAGCUCGCCGUUCCGUGUCCACAAGAAGAACGACAAUGAAAUCAAAGAGAUAUCGGAAAACCUGAAAACAAGGCUCAACUAUGCCAAUGUGAAAAUUCAGCAUGGAUGGUCAGCUAAAUCAAUCUCGGAGUUGGAGAAAAACCUCGAGGAGGAGAAGCUGCGAAAGAUGCUCACCCCUCAGGACCGGAAACAACAGGAUAACUUUUGGAAGAUGAAGACCGACCAGCUUCCUACGUACAACCAGCCAUCGAUGAACGCCGAGCUCAGAACCACCAUCCCUACCAGCCCUACUAGCCAUGCUACUCCUGCGCGCCGCAAAGCAUCGAAGCUGAAGCUGGACGAAUUGGCUAGCAGACAAGGAUCUGCCGAGUCUGCUUUGUACAAAGCUCUUUCGCCCGAACGACCAAAGCUGACCAUCGACUCGCGGUCGAUGCUGCCUCCUGCCAGCCACCAGCGCUCUGCUUCCGAUAGCAAGCUGGAACAGGAGGCCAUCAUGUCUCUGAUAUCGCUUUCUUCGCCCGUCAAAUACUCUGGUUCGCAAUCUCCUUCGCCUCCUCGGCCCGCUGGGCUGCAGAAGCCGCCGACCUUGUCAUUUGACAGAAGACGCAACGCAGGAAACGCGGACACUGAUGAGGAAACGGAGCUCGAAGACGAGGACCACGGGAAAAAUAAUAUCUUCAAAGCUCCCCAACAGAACGGACUCAAAGGGCUUGGACUCACGUCAAAGUCUGCGGCAGAUGACGACGACCGCACAGCGAGCGACUACUCGGACUGA